AUGUCGUACGAGCUCUUCAUGAGCGCUAUUGUCGGCGACACCGAUGCAGCAAAGGCCCGCGCGCUUCUAGGCGGCUUCACCGAAAUGCGUGAGCGGCACCAGAUCACCCGAGUCCAACAUUACGAACUCCACGACACGGCCGCCAAGGGCCUUCCCACCAUCAAGCAAAUACAGAAGGAGCGCAGGCCGACCGCGCCUCAAUGGCAUGAGUUGCACCAAAUCCUUGCCAAGCAGCCAUUCAUCUUGCAGAUGCGCACCGACAUCACAGACGAGGCCCAGAAGAAAGCUCCUAAUGCCGCAGCCGGGGGAGAAGCGGCAUCCAACGCCCCUGCCGGAUCUGAUUCCGGCCAGCCCUGCGCUCUCAGGUGGACCGAUCUGCCUGAUCCACAGAACCCGCAGUUCCCAUUCAUCACCCAACGCAGGGUUCUCGACAUCGCCGACCAAGAUGCGCAGACCAUCCUUGCCGCCAACAAGUUCAGGGCUACAUCCAACAUAAUCGAGGAGUCGUACAGCUGGUGGCUGAAUGGCGUCGAGUAUUCCUUGACCCGGAUGUUCCAACUCGCCUUGGAUGCCGAUCCUUCGGCGCAGGUUCCAGAUCUGGCGUCACUCAAACCCUUUGCUCCGUUCUGGAUCCUCAUUGUUCGCGCCAAGAUAGACUCGCUCCCGACCGCCUCAAUGCCGACACGCAUGAAACAAGCCCAGGCCCACUUGGCGCAAGCUCGGGACAGGUUGCUGGGCAUUUUUGAAUUCAAGGUUUUCGAUCGCCGCUGCCACGAUACACGAAUCCAGGAAACAAGAACGGCUUAG